CGUGCCUUGUGUGCGCUUGUGAUUGCGUCCCCUGGGCCAUCCAUUUUUCCUCUUCUUUUUCUUUUCCUCUCUUCUUCCCUUUUGAUCUGGUCACAUUCUCUAUCCUCCAUCCCGCAGUCAGUCUCGGCUCAGCGCAAGAGCAUGGAACUGUAACAGCACCAGCCUCGAAACCUUCUCCCCGCCCUCCUCGGUAUCCUCGUUAUCCCACUCUCUCUCGCCUCGGCUUCUCUCUCCGUACGACAACACACAAGACAAAAAGCCCCUACAAAACAACGGCAGCUCAAACCAUGGUCCUCUUCCUUGGCGCUAUCGCCAAGUUCCUCGUCGGCUACACAGCGCUGACAAUCUCCUUCUACAUGCUGUCCUACGUCGUCCCCAAGGCGGCCUUCGUGGCCCGCGUCCUGGCCGCCUACAUGACGCUCAUCGCCUGCGCGCUCUACGGCGUCAUCGCCUCCAUCGUCCUGACCAUCCUGGGCAAGCAGCAGAUUGCGCAGUGGACCGUCGCGCGGGCCUUCCACUACUCCAUGCAGCUGACCACGGGCGUCGAGUUUGUCAUUGACGACCCGGACAACGUCCUCAACACCACCCGGCCCGCCGUCUUCAUCGGCAACCACCAGACCGAGCUUGACGUGCUCAUGCUGGGCGCCAUCUUCCCCAAGUACUGCAGCGUGACCGCCAAGGCCCAGCUCAAGAAGGUGCCCUUCCUCGGCUGGUUCAUGAGCCUCAGCGGCACAAUCUUCAUCGACCGCAAGAACAGCAAGGACGCCCGCUCCGCCAUGGACGGCGCCGCCACCGAGAUCAAGACCAAGCGCCAGAGCGUCUACAUGUUCCCCGAGGGCACGCGCAGCUACACCAAGGAGCCCGCGCUGCUGCCCUACAAGAAGGGCGCCUUCCACCUGGCCGUGCAGUCCGGCGUCCCCAUUGUCCCCGUCGUCGUGGCCAACUACAGCCACAUCCUCUACAUCAAGGGCCUGGUCUUUAACUCUGGCAAGAUUCCCAUCAAGGUCUUGCGCCCCAUCCCCACCACAAACCUCACCUCGGCCGAUGUCGACGAGCUCACCCAGUCCACCCGCGAACUCAUGCUCAAGGAGCUCAUCAGUCUCACCGAAAAGGCUCGCGGCCGCCCAAUCGCCGUCCCCACCUCCCUCAACGGCAACUCCACAGCAAAGAGCACCGCCAUCAACUAGAAGUUGGCCGCGGCUACACCACAGCGUAUGCGCUCAUAGAUUAUGAAGUCAACGAGAGAACGCCCCCUUUUAGCGAUAGAGAAAUCAACCAUGUUUGAAAACCCCUCUAAAAAAAGAAACAAAGAGAAUGGUAUGCCCUCAAAGUUAGAUUAGACACGGCAGGCUGGCGGAUUCAAAUGGCGAAAUAGGACGGACGGUGGGUGGAAGGGUUUAAAGAGCGGGUUUUGACAUGUGCGCGAGGUCAAUUUCAAAUUGAUACCCAUUAGAAUUAAAAAACAAGAAAAAAUAAAAACCCUCUUAUGGC